AUGGCCCUGUGGAUGCGCCUUCUGCCCCUGCUGGCCCUGCUGGUCCUCUGGGAGCCCAACCCUGCCCAGGCUUUUGUCAACCAGCACCUUUGUGGUUCUCACCUUGUGGAGGCGCUCUACUUGGUAUGUGGGGAACGUGGCUUCUUCUACACACCCAAGUCGCGACGUGGAGUAGAGGACCCACAAGUGGCACAACUGGAGCUGGGUGGGGGCCCCGGAGCAGGCGACCUCCAGACCUUGGCGCUGGAGGUAGCCCAGCAGAAGCGCGGCAUUGUGGAUCAGUGUUGCACCAGCAUCUGCUCGCUCUACCAGCUGGAGAACUACUGCAACUAG